AUGCCUCCGAAUUUCCUUCCGUUUGUCAAUCGGCCAGCUUGGUCAGACAUGCGUAGCGAAUGGCUUAGAAGUGAUCGAUUUUGGCGCGGUCACAUGGUUAUGGUCCAGCCGUAUCGGUGCAUCGAAAUCGCGAUCGUAACCAAUCAGCGACAGAGCCAAAAUUGCGAGGACAACGAGAUACCACUUAUUCCGAGAGUUGUCACCCCGUAUGCAACCUCCACGUUGGAGAUGUCCCCAUUCCUGACCUUCCUCAACCGAUGGGUGUUCACAUGUGCGACAGACGACAGCGAUUGGUGCAAAUCCGAAGCGCCACCAUAUGCAGACAAGGAGGCAGCGAGUGAUCAGGGCACGUUCAUUUCUGAAGCUGCUUUCAGCAAAGACGAAACUGAACGCUCUCACCUGCUGAUCUAUUAA